AUGAUGGGAAGGAGACUCACGGCUGCUAGUCUGAGCAACAGAAACACCAACAGGUACAGCGUGACUGCUCUGUACAGCAUGGCUGCUGAGCAGGAUGUCGAAGUAGAAGACGAUCUGGCUAGAGCUCAAAAACGAUUAAGAGAGCUCAAAGGCCGCAUCUCUGCACAGAGCAAGAAGAACUUCGUCCUCGAGCGGGAUGUCAGAUAUUUGGACAGCCGGAUCGCACUGUUGAUUCAGAACAGAAUGGCGCUAGAUGAGGUGAACAAUGAGUCGUCAAUGGGCACGACACUGGAUGAUCGCAAGACACAGCAGUAUGGCAACUUGUUCUUCUUGCUGCAGUCUGAGCCUAGACACGUUGCCGCGCUCUGUAGACUGGUCAGCUUGGCCGAGAUCGACACUCUGCUACAGACAGUCAUGUUUACGUUGUACGGAAACCAGUACGAGAGCAGGGAAGAGCAUCUGCUUUUGACCAUGUUUCAGUCCGUGCUGUCGGCUCAAUUCGAGACAGCCACAGACUUCGGCUCUUUGCUGCGAGCAAACACACCGGUGUCUCGUAUGAUGACCACCUACACCAGGAGAGGCCCUGGUCAGAGCUUCUUGAAAGAUGUGCUAGCAGAGCGCAUCAACUCUCUCAUCGAGCACAAGGACCUGAAUUUGGAAGUCAACCCUCUGAAGGUCUAUGAGCAAAUGUGUGCCCAGAUUGAGGAGGACACGGGCUCCUUGCCUCCUAACUUGCCCAAGGGUGUUCCGCCUGAGGUCGCAGCGGAGAAUGCAGAUGUGCAGGCCAUCAUUGCUCCUCGCUUGACUAUGCUCAUGGAGAUUGCCAACAGCUUCCUUCAGACGAUCAUCAAUUCCAUCGACGAGGUGCCGUAUGGUAUUCGAUGGAUUUGCAAGCAGAUUAGAAGUCUCACCAAGCGCAAGUAUCCCGAUGCAACGGACUUUGCCAUUUGCAGUCUCAUUGGCGGUUUCUUCUUCCUUCGUUUCAUCAAUCCCGCGAUUGUCACUCCGCAAGCGUACAUGCUUGUGGACGGGCCGCCAGCGAAGCAUCCAAGGAGGACACUGACGCUGAUUGCCAAGAUGCUGCAGAACUUGGCCAACAAGCCCUCAUACGCGAAAGAGCAGUACAUGAUGAGCCUCAAUCCCUUCGUCGAAUCCAACAAGACGAGGAUCAACUCUUUCUUGAACUCGCUCUGCGACGUGGCAGACUUUUACGAGACGCUCGAGAUGGAUCAGUACAUGGCCUUGUCCAAGAAGGAUUUGCAGAUUCAGAUCACUCUAAACGAGCUGUACAACACCCACUCUCUCGUCGCGCAGCACGUCGACACCUUGGCGCCAAACGAGAAGCAUCACCUUCGAACGCUCUUAGCUGAGCUCGGUCCUUCGCCGGGGCAAGUGCCUCGCAAGGAGAACCGCACUCUGGAGCUUCCGUUGUUCAGCCGGUGGGAGACACCGAUUCAGGAUCUCACGACGGCGUUCAUGUCGGAGAACAACGUCACUCAAAAUGAUAUUCUGUACAUGGAGACCAAGUCGAUCUUUGUCCAGCUCAUCCGAUCCAUCCCACAAUUGGCGGAGAAGCGACCCAUCAACCUGCCCGCCAUCGCGGAGAGGGCGGCCACCACCAAAGACGCAACCCUUGUGCGCAAAGGUAUCAAAGUCAAAGAGAUGCUGCGCGAACUCGAGGAGCUCAAGGUGGUGGACAGACGAGAUGGCUACAGUCUCAUGACGGACGAAGUCGCGUCCGAGUUGGCGCACCUGGGCAAUAUGCGCGAAAAGGUCAUUCAGGAGAUGCGCAGCCUCGAAGCCGUCUACAAGACCAUCGUCGGACACAACAACUACUUGCGCUCUCAGCUCGACACCUACAAGUCUUACCUGCAGAAUGUCCGCAUGACCAGUGGCGGUGGCAAGGACAAGGCGUCUGGCGGAGUUGGCGUGGUCAGCGUGGGUGGAAAGGAGAAGAAGCCGCAAAAGAGCCAGAUGCUUGGCCCAUAUCGCUUCACACAUGCCCAAAUGGAGAAGGAUGGCAUCAUCGUCGAGUCAAAUGUGCCCGAGAACAGGCGAGCCAACAUCUUCUUUAACAUCGCGUCUCCGUCACCCGGCACCUUUAUCAUUGCGCUUCAUUACAAAGGCAGAGAAAAGGCCAUUCUGGAGAUGGAUCUCAAAUUGGACGACCUGUUGGAGAAGCAAAAGGACGAUGUGCAGCUGCUCGACUUGGAGUAUGUGCAACUCAACGUCAACAAGAUUUUGGGUCUUCUCAACAAGACCUUUGCCAAGGGACGCAAAGCUUGA